GGGAACUACCUGGCUCUCCGACUAAACCUUGGCGACCUUUAUGCAUCCUAGCUUACAGCAGCGCUCGAGCACCCCGGGGAGCCCGGCACUCGCCUCUGCCUGCGGGAGUCUGGGGCGUCCCUUAAAUGCUGAGGGCGGGGACAGCGAGAGAGAGGCGGACCCGAGCUGGGAGCUGGCGUGGUCUGGGCUGCCUCUCCCGGCUUCUGCCCAGGCAGCGUGAGCGCAAAUCAAGCCCAAGCCUAGGUAAGAUCAAGAAGAGGAGAAAGAGUCCGAGGACCUCUACAAGAAGCAUCCUUUUCUGGAUCGCUGGGCGCCGGCGGCCUCAGGCUUAGAAUGGAGCUGGGAUACACUACCCCAAGGAUGCUGGCAGGGACACUGAAUCAUUAGGGGAGAGCUCUGUCAGCAGAGAGGGAAGACAUUGACUGUACAAAUAUCACUCCAGGAGAAUUCCCAGCAGUGCUGCUCACAGCAUGGACCGGCCCCAACCAGCCCUGACUGGCAAGAUGGAGGUAGGAAUGGGGGCCAUGGAUGAGAAUGCCACCAAUUCCUCUACCACCUUCCUUUCUGUACUGGACUCUCAUGGAGCCCAAGCUGCUUCCCUGCCAUUCAACUUCAGCUACGGUGACUAUGACAUGCCCUUGGAUGAAGAGGAGGAUAUGACCAAUUCCCAGACUUUCUUUGCUGCCAAGAUCAUCAUUGGCAUGGCGCUGGUGGGCAUCAUGCUGGUCUGUGGCAUUGGCAACUUCAUCUUUAUUGUUGCCCUGGCCCGCUAUAAGAAGCUGCGCAACCUCACCAACCUACUCAUCGCCAACCUGGCUGUCUCCGACUUCCUGGUGGCCAUUGUCUGUUGUCCCUUUGAGAUGGACUACUAUGUGGUGCGCCAACUCUCCUGGGAGCAUGGCCACGUCCUGUGUGCCUCGGUCAACUACCUGCGCACUGUCUCUCUCUACGUUUCUACUAAUGCUCUGCUAGCCAUCGCCAUUGACAGGUAUCUGGCCAUUGUCCACCCUCUGAGACCACGGAUGAAGUGUCAAACGGCCACUGGUCUGAUCGCCUUGGUGUGGACAGUGUCCAUCCUCAUUGCCAUCCCCUCGGCCUACUUCACCACCGAAACCAUCCUCAUCAUUGUCAAGUCCCAGGAGAAGAUCUUUUGCGGCCAGAUAUGGCCAGUGGACCAACAGCUCUACUACAGGUCCUACUUCCUCUUCAUCUUUGGCAUCGAAUUUGUGGGCCCUGUAGUCACCAUGACCCUGUGCUAUGCCAGGAUCUCCCGGGAGCUCUGGUUCAAGGAGGUCCCUGGGUUCCAGACUGAGCAGAUCCGCAAGCGGCUGCGUUGCCGCCGGAAGACGGUGCUGGUCCUCAUGGGCAUCCUCACGGCCUAUGUGCUGUGCUGGGCGCCCUUCUAUGGCUUCACCAUUGUGCGCGACUUCUUCCCCACUGUGUUCGUGAGGGAGAAACACUACCUCACUGCCUUCUACAUUGUCGAGUGCAUCGCCAUGAGCAACAGCAUGAUCAACACCCUCUGCUUUGUGACCGUCAAGAACAACACCAUCAAGUACUUCAAGAAGGUUAUGCUGCUCCACUGGAAGUCUUCUUACCAUGGGAGUAAGUCGAGUGCUGACCUUGAUCUCAAAACUACCGGGAUGCCUGCCACAGAAGAGGUAGACUGCAUCCGACUAAAAUAACCCCAUGGGCCUUGCAAAGUUUAAACAGAAGACAAGAUCUUUGGGAGGCAACCGAUGUGUUUGGGUACAUGGCCCAACCAGGAACUCUUGGUUUUCAGCAGACAGGAGAGUGAAUGGACAACCACGGAGAUAUUGUGUCCAAUAAGCUUGAAAUGUCUAAAACAGAUGAGACUACACAUUGUCACUAGAGGUCAAUAUUCAUUGAAUAUCUAAUUUGUGCAAAGAGCAGGCACUGAUGAAAACUAAUAUGUUGGUGACAUUUAGUGGAUGAAACAAAACAGGAAUUAAACCCAAGUCAAGUGUGACACAGACUGGAUUAAGGAGGUUUCCACAAGGGAGCCAGAGUACAUUUGUUUGGAGUGUGAAAAGAUCCUUGGAUCAUCUCAGCUGCUCAUCAAACACUUGUCUCACUGUUUUCUAGCUUGAGUUCACUCCUAACAUUUGCAAAGCUGGGCCAAGAAAGUCAAAAGAGGUUCCUAGCUCUUUCUGUAGCCCUUCGCUUCUCAUCCCUGGUCUGACUCUCACUGUGAAUAGCUUUGUAUGAGAGCACAGGGACACCUCAUGUUGUGUGGCCAAGUUUGCACUCCCUGUGCUUUUCUAUGGCCCUACCCUUGCCCCCACCCCCAAGCCCAGGGCUCUGAACAUCCGUAGUAAGUUUUGUCAGGAGAAGGAUGGAGAUGAGACUAUAAAAACCCUGGAUGCUAUUUGGACAGAGAAUGAUAAAUGUAACUGUAUUGUUUGCUUUAAAUGUACCAAUCAG